UCUGUUCUUGUGUGUGCAUAGUCUUUUUUAUUUAUGCUCACAGAUCCCCAUGGGAUGCAGGGGUGCCAUCCAACAUUUCUUGCUCUCAUUCUGCAUAUCAUUCUCUGUGUUUUGUUCCAAGCGACCACUUCUUUUCUCUCCACUCACAAUCUCACAUACACACUAGCAUUUUUUUCUUUUUCUUUUUGAAAGGCACAUUCACACUAGCAUAGACAUACACCCCAAUAAAUAUCAUCUAUAUAUAGAAAGAGAAAGAAGUGAGAAAAAUAGAUAGAGAUAAUGAAGUCAAAGAGUGAUAGUAUUAGUAGUGGUAAUGCAAAUAUAAGCAACAACUGGCUAGGAGUUUCACUCUCACCUCCACUAAAAAUGGAGACUUCUAUUUCUUCAACAACAAUAACUCCCAACAGUAACAACUUUUAUCUUUCUCCCUACUCUUUUUAUGGUGUUACAGAAAAUGAUAGCUCUUUUUUCUCCCCAUUGACUGUUAUGCCUCUCAAAUCUGAUGGCUCUCUUUGCAUCUUGGAGGCUUUUUCUUCUUCACAUUCACAAGGGAUGAUGCCAAGUUCUACUUCACCAAAACUUGAAGACUUUUUAGGUGUUACUCAUGAUGACUAUGGUAGCCAUGAAAGAAAUUUGAGUCUAGACAGCUUGUAUCCUGAACCUAAAUGGUCGUACUCCGAAGGAAUCCAAUGUCAAUCUGGUAAUAUGUAUCAAAUUCAAGAAGAAGAAACAACAAUCUCCAAACAAAACUCAUGGGUUGUUUCUACACUACCACAUUAUCCAACAGAAACUUCAGAUGAAAGCCAUCACCAAAUAAGCACCAAUGGCGGUGGAUUUAGUGAUGUACAGUCACUAAGCUUGUCUAUGAGCCCUGAUUCUCAGUCAAGUUGCGUAAGUGGAAGAACAGAGCAGUGUUUGACUGUAGCAACAAAAAAGAGACAGUUUAAUAGAGUUGCUUCAAAGUUGCCUGUUCAUAGAAAAUCACUUGACACUUUUGGUCAAAGAACUUCUCAGUUUAGAGGUGUCACCAGACAUAGGUGGACUGGAAGAUAUGAGGCUCAUUUAUGGGAUAAUAGUUGCAAAAAAGAAGGACAAACCAGAAAAGGAAGACAAGUGUAUCUUGGAGGUUAUGAUAUGGAAGAGAAAGCAGCUCGAGCUUACGACUUAGCUGCACUUAAGUACUGGGGAUGCUCGACUCAUAUCAACUUCCCACUUCAGAAUUACCACGAUGAGCUCGAGUUGAUGAAGCCCAUGAGUCGUCAAGAAUUUGUUGCCCACUUGAGAAGGAAGAGCAGUGGAUUCUCCAGAGGUGCUUCAAUUUAUCGAGGUGUUACAAGGCAUCAUCAGCAUGGAAGAUGGCAAGCUCGAAUUGGCCGUGUAUCUGGAAACAAGGAUCUUUACCUUGGUACCUUCAGCACUCAGGAGGACGCAGCCGAGGCUUAUGAUGUGGCAGCAAUUAAAUUUCGCGGUGUGAAUGCUGUCACAAACUUUGACGUCUCUCGCUAUGAUGUUGAAAGAAUCAUUGCUAGCACUACUCUACUCGCCGGAGAACUAGCCAGGCGGAAUAAAACCAACACUGCCACAAACAUUGAACAACCUGCUCUGCUACCAAGCAUAGAUCAUCAACAAAAUGCUUGUGCCUCGACUUUGGAAACAACUGAUCAGAACUUAAACAACCCUGAAAACCAACAUCAACGGGUUAAUAACGACUUGGUUUGUGAGAAGAUUGGUAUGCAGCACUCGAACCCCUCUUCUCUGAUUACGAGCUUGAGCUGCUCAAGAAAAGAUAGCCAAGACAAAAUAAGUGCAACCAUGGCAGCUACCAUUACUGAGAAUAUGAGUUCAUGGGUCUCUCCAGGACACUUCCCAGUCUUUGCUGCAUGGACUGAUGCCUAAAAAGAAGUAUUUGCAUCAAGAAUUCAAUUCAUCAUUUCAUGAAGUUGUAGUAAGUAAUUAGGUUGGUUAGUCAAGCCUAUUUGCUUUAAAUUUUUUGUAGUAAGUAAUGGUAAUUCACUUAUUUGCCUGUGAACACAAUGAGGCAACUUUUUUCUAUGUAACUCAACCUAUUAUGUUAACUUUUGGCCUAAAAUGAAGUUUUUGAUUA